CCUCGCCAGGAUGCGUGCGUUCUUGAGUAAUCUUUUAUUCUGAGUCACUCUGUGCAAACAAAGUCCAAGAAGUAGAAAGUGGCGACGUUCAAGAAGUAGAGAGAGAGAGCAAUGGAGGGUGAGACUUGGGGCAUUGCUGUUGAGGAAUUGGUGGACCGCGGAGACAUUGAUGGGGCAAUAAAAUAUCUUGAGUUAUUAGUUACCAAGUUUGAAGCUUUUGAGAAUUCUUCUUCUGAUCUCCGUCUUGCCUCUGUUCUUAAAGAUUUGGGCGAUUUGUAUUCUUCAAAGGGACUCUCUCUUGCUUAUGAUUCUUUGCUCAAUCGAUCCCUUCUUAUUAAACAGAGAGCCGAAAGACGACAAGAACACAAGAGUAAUCAUCUUAGGAUUCAGGAGAAGGCUGAGACGUUGAGUAUUGAGGAGGUUCACGGUGGUUCGCUUCAUGAAUCUGCUUCUUCUGAUGAUGAUUGGGAAGCUAUUGCAGACCAGGCUUCAAGUCGUUCUUCUAUUUCACCAUUGCCCGAGUUAUCAACUCUGAAGUUGGAAAAUGAAAAAUGUGUAAACCUACCCAAGGAAAAGGAAAAUGAUAAGGGCCAACCUCUAAAACGACGUGGCAGAGGAGCUUUCAUGUAUAAUCAGAAUGUAUUAUAUAGUGAACAACAAAAUAACUUUUCUGAUAACUCUACUUUUGACGAGGAAGGGACCUGCCGAGAUCAAGAGGAUGCUUCUAGUAGGAAUUGUGCUCCUUGUGUUCCAGUAAAAUAUGGCACUAAUCAUGUUCUUGUGCUUGGUGGGUUCUCCCCCAAAACAACAACCACAUAUUUAGAAAAGGCUUUUGAAGGUUUUAGGGAUCAGGGAGUCGUCAUACGUUGGGUUAAUGACACAACUGCAUUAGCAGUGUUCCAGACUCCAGCUCUUGCGUGUGAAGCUCGUAAAAACGGCAGCUCUCCAUACAUUAUAUGUAGUUUGGAAGAGGAUGAUAGCCUUGUGAGCUCCAUUUCUAUGAAAGAUCUUGAGCCUCCUUACCCAAGGCCAAAGACCUCAGCAAGCACUGCACAGAGAUUGAUUGCACAGGGCAUGGGUCAGAGAGUGUCUUCCAACUUUGGUAUUGGAGAGUUGAGGAAACAAGAAGAGGCCAGAAGAAAUCGAAUACAAAUGCGGCAAAAGAUGAGAGAUGAGGCAUGGGGUGCUGAUGACCCAUGAGCAAAAUUACCUGGUGAUAUUUUUUCUUGAAGCUCCUUUGGAAGGGCCUAUGGAGAUUAUUGUGAAUUUGUAUAGUUGGAUGAGUUUCUAUGGCAAAAAAUAUUAAUGUAUGGCUUAAUUUAUGGGUGCCUGCCAUGUUGCUCUUAUCUCACUGUUCUGGGGCGCUUUGAAUUUUUGCUAUUUAUGUAGUGAAAUGUCAUUGAAAUGUCUUUUUAUAAUAAUUUAACUAACUUGGAGGACUCA